AACAAAACACACACAUACACUAAACCUCCAUCUCUAGUCCAAAAACCUCUCGAAAGUCUGAUUUUUUCACACAUUCUAAACACACUCUCUCUGUUUUUUUUUCCUUCAGAACCAGUGACCUAUAAACUCUGUUUAAGAUGUAUAGAAACAACAAUAACAAGAAGUCUCUCAACAUCUCAAGCAUGUUCGGAAACUUCAUUCCGGACAGCGACAUUUUCUCCAGACGCUGCAUUUGGGUCAACGGUCCAGUCAUCGUCGGAGCUGGCCCAUCUGGCUUAGCUGUUGCUGCUGGCUUGAAACGUGAAGGUGUACCGUUUAUAAUCGUCGAGCGAGCCAACUGUAUUGCUUCUCUGUGGCAGAACAGAACGUACGAUCGUCUCAAACUCCAUCUCCCUAAGCAGUUCUGCCAACUACCCAACUUUCCUUUCCCGGAGGAUUACCCGGAAUACCCAACCAAAUUUCAGUUCAUCCAGUACCUUGAGGACUACGCAAACCACUUCGAGAUCAGCCCUAAGUACAACGAGACGGUCCAGUCAGCGAAAUACGACGAGACCUUCGGGCUGUGGCGUGUCAAGACCAUUUCCAAGAGCGGGCCACUCGGUUCAUGCGAGUAUGAGUAUAUCUGCCGGACGCUUGUGGUGGCUACGGGAGAGAAUGCUGAGAAAGUUGUGCCUGAUUUUGAAGGACUUGAGGACUUCGGCGGAGAUGUUCUUCACGCCGGAGACUACAAAUCCGGUGGGAGGUACCAAGGGAAGAAUGUUUUGGUAGUCGGAUGCGGAAACUCCGGUAUGGAAGUCUCUCUUGAUCUCUACAAUCACGGAGCAAACCCAUCAAUGGUCGUUCGUAGCUCUGUUCACGUGUUACCAAGGGAGAUUCUUGGGAAAUCAACGUUUGAGCUAGGAGUCACGAUGAUGAAGUGGAUGCCGGUUUGGGUCGCGGACAAGACACUGCUCCUACUAGCUAGGAUAGUCUUGGGGAAUACCGAUAAAUACGGUCUAAAAAGGCCGGAAAUCGGACCGUUGGAGCUAAAGAACAAGGAAGGUAAAACACCGGUGCUUGACAUCGGAGCACUACCAAAAAUCAGAUCGGGAAAUAUCAAAAUCGUCCCCGGAAUCAUUAAGUUCGGUAGAGGAAAAGUAGAGCUAGUCGAUGGCCGUGUUCUUGAGAUUGAUUCCGUUAUUCUAGCUACUGGUUACAGAAGCAACGUCCCUUCAUGGCUUAAGGACAAUGACUUCUUCUCUGAUGAUGGGAUACCGAAAAACCCGUUUCCAAACGGAUGGAAAGGAGAGGCAGGACUGUAUGCUGUCGGGUUCACGAGGAAAGGAUUGUUCGGUGCGUCACUGGACGCGAUGAGUGUGGCGCACGAUAUUGCAUGCAAGUGGAAAGAAGAAUCUAAGCAACACAAGAAAACCGCUGCAGCUCGUCAUCGUCGGUGUAUCUCACAUUUCUAAUUAUAAAACACUACUAGAGGAAAAAUACAAAAAGGAGAUAUGAUUGUGGAAAAAAAUCAAAGAGAUAACUAAGCCCUCUCUUAAGAAGAAACCCCACAAACAAAAAAACAUGUGAAAAAUAAAAAGGGGGCUUUUCUUUGUUUCUAAAGAGAUGUGGCUUUAUAUAUUUUUUGUAUAUUAUUUUGCUUUGAGAAUGCUCUAUUUUAUUGUUAUUGUUUAUUACUUUUGUUCUUCAUUUUAGAUUCUGAACUCUGUAAGAAGUUUUGCUUAAUGUAAUAUGACAUAUAUUUUUUUUAU